GCUGAAGAGGUCAGUUAAUCAGCGAGCUCGGCCUCAGGGUGAGGAACGUGAGUUGGGUCCUGCUGGUGUAGCUGCCUCCGCCAUGGCCCAUAAGCAGAUCUACUACUCCGACAAAUACUUCGACGAGCACUACGAGUAUCGACAUGUGAUGUUACCCAGAGAGCUUUCAAAGCAAGUACCAAAAACCCAUCUGAUGUCCGAAGAGGAAUGGAGAAGACUUGGUGUCCAGCAAAGUCUUGGCUGGGUCCACUACAUGAUCCAUGAGCCAGAACCACACAUCCUUCUCUUUAGAAGACCUCUUCCGAAAGACCAACAAAAAUGAACUUUUUUUUUUCUGGAGAACUUCUAUUAAAUCUUCUGGAACUUUAUGUAUAUGAGUGUAUAUAUGUUGGUAGUAUUCAGUGAAUACUUGAAAAAUGUACAAAACAUACAUCCGUAUCUGUGCAUGAGCUGUAUUAUUCACAGCAACAGAGCUCAGUCAAAUGCAAUUCCAAGUAGGCUGCUAUGGUGUCUAAAGAUUAAUUAAAACAUAUUCCUUUACUGUAAUAUAAAUGCCUAUCUGACUUUUUAUUAAAUUACUUUUGUUUAAUAAAGUGUUCAUGUUGCAUGUCUAUGUGCUGACUAUAGACUUAUUACAUGUAUUUUUUCUUUAGAAACUUUAGUUUCAAUACUGAGCUCCUCUGUACAGCAUUGUAAUUACA